AACCACAAGUCAGACGUCGAACAUAAAGGUCACAGACGACCGGGCAACAAUAGCGAAUCGCUCGGAAACUACAUUGUUUGUCAUAGGAUUCUUGCUUGAAACCGCGGUAAUGUGACGAUUUGCAUCCGCAAUCUGACCGCCAGACUGAUUCUUUGUGACCAGCAGCCACACUCGCUUAGCAGAGAUUGCUGAACACCCAUUGUUCCGUGGCCCCGCCUAGUAUCUCCGCUAACUUAAGGGCCAAACCACACUCAUAGGUUCUAGAAUAUAUAAACGCCUUCCGGCUCUAUCUCCUGACCUUCACAUCGCAGUUGCGUCUGAGAUGUACGGCAUGUCUAUCGGACCCAUGCCCAUAGGCACCUUCUUGCAAGAAUACUUUCCGAUCGGCGAAAGAUACCCAGCUUCUAGGUCCUCCGACCACGCAUUUGACAAAUUACCCACCAAUCCGACGAGGGAACAGCAGAUGUAUCAACCCUUUGUCGACAUUAUGAAUCGGCGGAGAAAACUCUGUGGGAAAUUGAAAUUCCGUGAUACAGGAGACAAACGGGAUGCUGAUGUAGACACGAAUAUGCGCCCCGACAUUGUCUCCUACUGGGGGGACGAUCCUCCCAUGGACCUUGAUUGGUCUCUAGUCGAAAUCAUCGUCGAAUGGAAGCUACCUGUCUCCAGGGAUGGUUACUCUGACUCAUUCAAAGACGGCAAGCUCUUCGUUGAGAACGCAGGCAGCCAGAAGGCCAAGGCGACCCGUGGACAACUAUUCUCUUACGCCGCAAUUCAAAUGACUCAUCAACAUCGACUGUUUGUCUACCUUGUAGGGAUCUAUGGCUCAUAUGCUCGUCUCUACCGUGUCGACCGCUCAUGCAUUGUCGCCUCUGCCCCUUUUAACUAUAUGGUGAAGCCUCAUGUCCUGCUCGAGUUCUUCUGGCGCUACUCUCGUAUGCACGCUGUUCAACGUGGAUAUGACCCCACCGUCUCUCUUGCUGAAGAUGCUGAAUGCCAGUUGUUUGAUUCGAAGAUCAAAGAGUACCUGGAGCGGGCCAAGAGACGCAACUAUCGUACGUACCCUGGUAUUGAAGGUAUGGCUGAUGGCGACUACGCGACUUGCAAAAUACAAGUGAACGACCGCAACGGCGGGGUGUCUCAUUGGAUCGUCCGAAAACCGUUGGCGCAGCCGGAGCUUCUUACCCCUUGCGGUCGGUGCACUCGAGGUUACAUUGCGAUACGAGCCCCAGGAUGUGAUGCCGAGAACGAAGCCUCUGAGGUUGAAAACCAAGCUGCAAACACUGGCGAUGAAUGCGAGUUAUAUUGGAUGAAGGACUCGUGGCGUACGGCGGAAUACGAACAAGAGGCAGACAUAUAUGCUGAAUUGAAGGACGCCGAAGUUCCUCACAUUCCUGUUAUUCACUGUGCUGGUGACGUUCUUGCCGAUACGACAGUCCAACGGACAACCAACCAGCUAUGGCUCAAGAAACCCGAAGCGAAGAAAUGGAGACGACCGACGGGCUCAAUCAAGAACCUCGUUCAUCAUCGGGUGGUCCAAGAACUUCUGUAUCCUCUCCACUGUGUUCGGAGUGCCAAGGAGCUCGUACAUGCCAUGCGCGACGCAUCCGAAGCUAUCGUUAUGUCAUACUACGAUGCCAAACGUCUUCAUCGAGACAUCAGCAAAGGCAAUGUGAUGCUCACGGAGAAUCCCGCUGACGACAAGAAACCCUGUGGUAUACUGAAUGAUUGGGAUCAUAGCAGACCACUGAAGGCAACAACACCUGUCUUCAAUCAUCGGACCGGGACUUGGCAAUUCAUGUCCGUCGCUCUGCUUAAGGACCCGGAGAAACCGCAUGAAGUUUUCGACGACAUUGAAUCGAUCCUAUGGGUGAUGCUCUUCAUUUCAAUCCACCAUUUCAAACAUACUGGGAAGUUCAGCAUGGAUGUCUUUGAUCAGUGGUCGGAUGAUGUGGGGGGCUUCGCCGGCGCGCAGGCAAUCGGCGGUGAAAACAAGCAGUCUUGGCUUUUUGCCAGAGGUGCGGAGUUCGACUGUCCUGCUCUCCAGAAGGUCAUCAAAACCAUGAGCAAGUUCCAUCAGCAUUUCCGGCAACUUGUCGUCGAUUCUCAAGAACGCGACGGCGACAAAAAACCUUUACAAGAAUAUCGUGAAGAGCUUGAGAAGGAUCUACGCAGGGUAUACAAACACUUCGACGAUCAACUCAACAACCCAUCCGCCGAUUGGACUGAUGGCAACCCCGUCGAAGAUAUCUAUCCCCCGCAGAAAGCGGCGGAUAAAGAUAAGAAGCUUAUGGCAUCUAAACAUGCCUCCGCUGAUUAUCGAUCUGCUAUGGAAGAGGCUGAGAACCGAGAGGAAGGUGAGAUAACCGAGGUUGAGGAGGAGGAGGAAGAGCAGAAAAAAGAAGAGGAGGAGGAGGAGGAGGAGGAAAAGGAGGAGAGUAUGCGCAAGACCCGAGCUUCCGCAAAGACUGAAAAGGGGAAGGGUAGGAGCAACGAUGGAAACAAUGACGAGGACAGGGAGGAGGACAAAGGUAAGGGCAGAGGUGGACGCAAAGGCAAGAGCAAGGCCAAGGACAAAAGCGGAAAUAUCAAAGGCUCCAAGACCACCAGUUCCCGAAUAUCGUCCUCCACUCGUGCAAGGAAGAGACGCCGGGAUGAUAUCGAGUCCGAGGAUGAAGAGCCGGCCAGUUCGCGAGUAAGGCUGAGCGAUAUACCGGAGGAAGAAGAAGGAGAUAACGAUGUGGGCCCUAGUAAGAGGCGGUGCAGCAUGCGGCUUGCGACGAAGAGGCGGCCAAAAAAGACAAGGCGUGCGCCGUAAGUGUCAGUUUACAGCGGUCCUUACCUUCAACUCUUUGUCUUAGCUUAUACUUGUGAUAUGCAUUGGAUUUAAACGCUUCUAUGAC